CGUCGCGUUUGGCUCGUUAUAAAAGCAGACGAUCAUUGAGACAAACGAUCACAGUUCACUUGCAACGUUUUCGCGAUCAUAUCCAAUCGAUCAACGCACUCAACUGUGACCAUGAAGGGAUUCAUCGCGAUCGCUGUGUUGGCUCUGGCCACCGUCUCCCAGGGAUCAUAUCUGCCAGCGGUGCAGUCGGUCCUUCCGUACGCCUACAGCUCUGGCCUCCAUGGGCUGGGUGCCUAUGAUGGGCUGGGCCAUUACUCGUCGCUCGGUGGACUGGGAUACUCAUCGGUGCUGGAGCAUGGCCUUUCCUACCCGUACUCGGCCGCUCUUCCGUACUCUGUCUACAACAACGGUCUGUAUGGAGGAUACUAUGGUGCCAAGUACGCCCUAACUGUGGUCCAGGCCAACGUGAACACUCUGAAAACGGUCAGCCCGCUGGGUCUGUAUGGAGGAUACGGUGUGGAGCACGGAUACGGACUCGGUCACGGAUACGGCUACGGAUACAACAACUACCUCCCAGUCCAGGGUCAUGCUGCGAAGUACGUUGCUGCCAACCCGGGAGCCGUCCAUGUGGCCCCUCUGCCAGGCCAUCUGGUCAACCAGAAGUCGAUUGUGGCGUAAAUGACUGUGAUCUCGAUCAAAUGUAUGCAUCGAUCGGAAUUGUAAAUAAA